UGGUCACAGAACAAUUAAGAAAGAGACAUAUUGAGAUUUCUUUUGUUUGAGAGAGUGCUGCAGAGAUAUGGGAGUUAUGAAGAAUCAUCUUGUGGGUGAUCUAAUUGUUGGAUGUCUCUGUCUUUUUUUGAUCCUUUGCUGCAUGGCUGACGAUCACUACUACGAUUUUUAUGUGACGGAGAAGAAUAUUACAAAUCCGUGUGCCAGCAAGAAUUUCGCUCUUGUUGUAGAGCGCGUCCCUGGCCAAACAAUUCAUGUCCACAGAGGCGAUACAGCAUUUAUUAAUGUCCACAAUAAUGGCACAUAUGGCAUGGAGUGAAGCAACCAAGAAAUCCAUGGUCAGAUGGUCCCGCAUACGUAACACAAUGUCCAAUAAAACCAGGAAAAAACUUCACAUAUGAGGUCCUAUUUUCAGAGGAAGAAGGAACACUUUGGUGGCAUGCUCAUAGCGGCUGGAGUCGUGCCACAGUCCAUGGAGCUAUUGCUGUUCUGCCUCAUAAAGAUACCCCUUUUCCCUUUGAUCCCCAGCCUUACAAGGAACAUGUCAUUGUACUAGUACUGCCACAUGGGACUACCACAUGAUCAUGAUAUUGAUGAUGAUCACUCCGUCCGUGAAGUUGUAUGUCCUUGUAAAAUUCGAGUCAAGGGAAUGGUUUAGCGGAAACAUGACGGAAUUUUUUGAUACAGAAGAAAAAAGACACACUAGGACAAGCCUAUCGGAUGCUUACACAAUCAAUGGCUUAUUUAAUUGCACAGCUGAUGAGGGGUAUAGGCUUGUGGUUGAGAGUGGGAGGACAUAUCUUCUCCGUAUUGUGGGUGCAUCGAUGGAUCAUGAAAUGUUCUUUGCAGUUGCUGAUCAUAACCUUACAGUUGUUGGACAAGAUGGUUCAUAUGUAAAGCCCAUAACCACCACUUACAUCAUGAUAACCCCUGGACAAACCUUUGACAUCUUGCUCACAGCAGACCAACUUCCCAGUUGCUAUUACAUGGCAGUUGGUCCUUAUAAUGACGGCGGAAAUCAUGCACAGCGCAAUAGUAGCAUCGCUACCGCAAUUCUCCAGUACAAGAGUACCAGUUGUCCUCCUAUUAUUCCAUUUCCAAAUCAGCUUCCUAAAGUCGCCGAUACUGUGAGUGCAAAGAACUUCACAGAUCAAAUCAAGUCCAGGGAUUCCGUUAAUCUCCCUGAAAAACCUGAUGACAAAAUCUUCAUUGCGGUUGCUGUUAGUCAUCAGUUAAUAUGUGGUAAAGUCCAUGCAAGCUUAAACAACAUAAGUUUCGUGCACCCAAAGAUUGAUAUUUUGCAGGCAUACCACAGGAGCUUGCCCAACAUUUAUGAAACCGACUUUCCCCAUCAACCUGCGUCGACAACUCUAAACUUCACCGGGGACGAUUCAUUGAAAUUCGAAUUUCCGAUAUUAGGGACGAAGAUAUUGAUGAUAGAGUACAAUCGAAGCGUCGAGAUAGUUUUCCAAGGGACCAAUUUAGGGGCAGAGAACCAUCCAAUGCAUCUUCAUGGUUAUAGCUUCUACGUGGUUGCGACGGGUGAUGGGAAUUUUAACGAAACAGAAUACAAAAACAAUCUCAAUCUGAUUGAUCCACCUUAUCUGAACACCGUCGGUGUACCUAGAAAUGGUUGGGUUGCCAUUAGAUUCGUUGCUAAUAAUCCCGGGGUAUGGUUCAUGCACUGUCAUUUGGAGAGGCACGCUAUGUGGGGUAUGGACACUGCCUUCAUCGUGACAAAUGGGAUAACUGAGAAUCAAAGCAUCCGGGAACCUCCAAAUGGCUUGCCCGAGUGUUCCAGCUCGUACAAUACUACUACUUCAAAUUUUGAUGCAGAUGAGAAUACAGAGCUUGAGGAUGCGACUCCACUGGAGAAGUGGUCGGGGAUCAUUUCCUCAUGGAAUGUGAUUUGUUUCACACUUUUGAUUACUGUAUUUUCGUUUAUUUAUGUUUUCAUCAGAUAACUGUAAUACUUUUUAAAUGUAUUUUAUUUUGGAAAUUUGUAUUUAAUAAUUCUGGUACCUAGUUGAUUGAUUUUAACUUA